AUGAAAGCUUACUGUAACGAAACUAAGGCUGAUUUCCGCAAGGUUCCAUUUAACAUAACAAUUGAAAUGGAUGGCAGUGCUACAAUUGAAUUUGACCUUGAUUCAGGCAAGUUAGCUUACCAGGAGAACAGUACCAUGAUUACGGAAGAUAAUAGAAACAAAACGAGAGAUCAGAUUCAGAUAAACUAUACAGAAUAUGGAUUUAAGAUGCCGAAAUUUAUUGGACACAAUAACAAGUUCGCAGAAGAAAUUUACCUAGAUGAUUACAUUAUUGCAGAUUAUGACCUUGAAAAAGAGAUAGAACUGCAAACUAGUGCAGAAAAAAGGAACCAAACAGUGCCGUUACCUCCAGGAAACAUCAGCAUUUUGAUUGGGAUAUCUCCACAUUUGAAGAACAGCACUCGACCACUGAUAAACUGUUCCAUAAACACUGGAGAUGAAGUAAAACGUGUUGACUAUACCCAACUUCACAAUAUAACCAUAAAUCGCCCUUUAAUUGUUUACCAUACGUAUUACGAUCUUGGAAAUCAAACAAUCGAUGCUAAAUGUCAUAAUUUUAUCUCAAAUGUUGAUCUGCAUUUGGAUGUGAGGGUGAUAAAUGUUUGUUAUGGGGACGAAGGGAUAUUUGAUAGGCAGUUUUCUAUGCAGAGUAAAAAAAUGUCAGUAUUUGAUUCCAGUGAGGUGUAUAUUGCCAAUAGAAUGAGCAUUUUUUGUCCUGGGACAGACAUCACCUUUGGCUGGGAAAAUUGCUCAUCGUUAAUCGAAAGAGAAGGAGUGUGCAUGUUUAAUGCCAGUAUUCUCCCACUAGGAGCCUAUGAAUAUUUUGGACUAAUUGAAGGUAUUGACGGUCCAGCUUUUGCCUUGGAAGGAAAUAUAUUGACACCAGGCAGAAAUUAUACACUCUUAUUGACAGCUGUCAAACAAAAUGAGACCAAUAAACUUGCAAUCAGUGCUAACUGUACGAACUGGAAACCUGAGACAUAUCCUGUGUUGGCUUACCUAUUCGAAACAAUUACCAAGAGGAAAACCGCAUAUGGAGACAUCGAGGACAUCGUAAAUUAUCUUUACAAAGGAUACGAGGGUUCUAUACUUGAGACCCCAAUCCAAGUUGGGGAUUCUCAGUUUAACAGUAGUGUUACCUUUCGCGUCAGAGUGUAUAACGAACAUGAUGAUUAUUUCAAGGCAUUUGAGCAAACAUACUCUGUUUCAACACCAACUAAAUCCAUUCCGUAUGGUGGUCACGACAAAGAACCAGUUUUAAAUCUUUAUCAAGAAUUUAACAUGACGGUUGAGUUUAUUAGAAGAGGAGGCGAUGUCAUCCGUACAUUUCGUUACAUCGGCUCAAUUGCGUCUACUUUAUUACCUUACAAACAGAAUAUUUCUGUUACAACUGAGAAGGAGAUCCUGGAUGGAACAAAAACAUCAGUGACUUUUUACAAAGAUUCCGACGCUGAGAAAUUAUACAAGGAUAUUAUUCAUCAAAUGAUUGUAGUAUUAUCAGAGGAAGGCAAAACCUGCUCUAAGUGGACUUAUAAAAAAUUUAGCUUGACAGACAUCCACCAGAUCUUUAGUUCAAUUGACGCAGUGGUUAGAAAUCCAUCAUAUCUGUCUUUUGAAACACUAGAAAAAUUGAUAGUACUUGUAGAAGAUAUGAUAAGGUGCUUUACCAUCCGAAUUGAUGAAACGGAAAUCCCUUUUCCAAAUUACUACGUUCAUACUAUUGAAGAAAUCACAAAACAUAUUGUGCGAGUUGUCAACAUCAUUGUGGAUGUCAUGCUGCCAGAGAACCUGCAGGAUUUCAGCGAAGAACUAUCCCAAGAAAAUAUUUUGAAUGAACUAAAAACAAAGAAGUUCCGAUCCGAUAGACAGUUAGAGCUUAUCAACAGGAACUUAACAGAAGGAGAGCUGAAUGACCUAAUACAAAAAAGCUAUCUUAUCCUGCAAUUGAGAGAGCAUGAAAGAGAUAUACAAUCCAAACAGAUAAACAUGUCGGAAACGUAUUAUAAAAGAAUACAAGGCAUGUUGACACAUGUUCAAGCUACGCUACUUACUACUCUUGUCACUGGGGAAAAGAUGGAGUUCCACCAGCCAUACCUUAAGCUUAUAGUCCAAAAAACAACUUAUACUGAAUUUAAAAAAGCUAACGUGAACAAUACGAAACUUCAAAAGUAUAUUCUUGGUAUAACACAUGGGAACAGUUCAGUAAAUCUUAAUUCCAUCGUGGAAGUAAAGAUUAUUGUCUUUGGGAAGAAUCCUUUAAUAUUCGGGGAAAAUGCUAGCAGUUUGACAUCAGAUGUGUUCGUGUACGAUUUUGGAGAUGAAACUGUGAUGGACGUCAAAUUACGUAAUCGAGGAAAGCCCCAGCCUUACGAUUUUAGUCCUUUAUACAGUCCGAGUAUAGGCGAGUUGAUAACUCAUUUUUACUUUGACGUAAUGAAUGAUGAUGAUGCAAUCCUCAUUUACAUAAAACCUCACAAUUUUCUGGAAGACAUCUCCUCAGAAAGGCUCCUGUAUAGGCUGUUCAUAUCGCCAAAACCUUUUCCAACCACUACGUCAUUCAGGCCUGGCCGAGAUUAUCAAACCGAAACCGCUAUCAGAAAUUGGGACACUGAACUAGGAUAUAAAAUAUUUGUUCCUAAUGGUUUUUGUCUUAAAGGUGUCUGCUAUAUGGGUAUCAAACCUCUGAAAGAAACCAUGUCUUCCCGAACAAGGAGGGAGGCUGUUCAUGUCUUGUCCGCAAAUCGGUCAGUCUACAAUAAAAACAGCACCGUUGACCCUGUGGAUGCUAACUUCACAUUACAGGUCAUAACAACAGCAUGUAGGGCGUGGGACAAAACAUCAAAUACAUGGGAAUCAAAUCGUUGUGAGGUUCUUUCAAUGACAACGGUGGGCGAAACGGUAUGCCGCUGCACUGGGCACAUCUUUUCAACAACCUUCUACGUUCCACCCAACAUGAUAGACUUGUAUAAAGUAUGGGGAAAGUUUAAUCCAGCAAAUGCCUCGGUUUAUGGAGCAAUGAUUGCAGUUCUAGUUAUCUAUCUCCUAUUGGCUCUAAUUUUAAGACGAGAAGAUAAGAAAGAUAUUGAACGGUGGGCAAUCGCCUUCCUAUGUGACCAUGAUUCCGAGGACUGCUACUUCUAUAUGAUAACUGUGUAUACUGGACUGAGACGGCGGGCAGGGACAACUUCUAAUAUUCAUUUUGUACUCAGUGGAUCCGAAGACGAGAGCGGAAUACGUAUGUUAAGCGAUGGUGAAAGAAAGGGACUUCCUUCUGGUAGCAUCGUUACGUUUGUGUUUGGAACGAAACACAGUUUAGGUGACCUUGAGUACUUUAGAAUAUGGCAUGACUGUUCAGGGCAAGGACCUCGUCAGGACUGGUUCCUUAGUAAAAUAGAAAUAGAUGAUCUACAAACGAAUGAACGGUCUAUAUUCCUAUGUGAUAAUUGGCUAUCGUUAGAUCAGGAAGAUGGACUCAUUGAACGUGUUCUCCCCGUGUCGACAGUGGAAUCUUUGAUGGCCUUUAAAACUCUGGUUGCACAUCAAACACAACUAAAUAUCACCGAUCACCAUCUCUGGUUAUCACUUCUAUUUCGACCAAGAAAGAGUAGAUUUACUCGGGUACAGAGGCUUUCUUGCGUACUUGCGUUGCUUUUUUUAAGCAUGAUUUCCAAUGCAAUGUAUUACAAAUCUGCCGAAGAAGAAGCAACUUACGACUAUGUGCAGAUAGGGGUGUUCAGAUUGUCAGUUUCAGCACUAUUUGUAUCUUUGAUCGGAAUCGUUUUAACUACAUUUCCAAUACUAUUUUUAACAAUUCUCUUCCGAAACAGACGAUUAAAGGCCAAUAAAACUGAAACUGAAGCCAGUAAAGACAAGAAAGAGAUCUCUACAACUCAAUCGUUUAGAAUUCCGUCGAAAUAUAUCAAAGAACACGAAAAGUCCCUACCACACUGGAUACUUUACGUUGCCUGGAUGAUUCUGUCGGUGAUAGUUCUGGUCUCGGCGUUCUUCCUUUUGCUUUACAGUAUGGAAUGGGGAAAAGCCAAAUCUGAAGAAUGGCUCAUGUCCUUUUUCUUAUCCUUUUUUGAGUCGAUUUUGUUUGUGGACCCCAUUAAGGUCUUAUUUGUUGCGGUAUUAUUUGCCACCGUAUUCAAAGCUAUAAUUUACGAAAAGACUGCGGAGGUGGACAUAGAUCAGCUGAAGAAUUUUUCGACUCACUUUAAAAACUCGGAUAAGCAUCGAUUAGCAGCAUUUGCAAGUAACAUUCUGAGAGGACCAGAUCAACUGACCCAAGACGAACUUGAACAACUUAAAGCAAAAAGACAAGAAGAAAAGAGGGCAAAGAAGGCGUUGACUAAAUUAAUAAUAUUUGCAGUAUAUUUAUUUGGACUUUAUUCCAUAAGUUUUUUGGAGAGGGACUUCGAUUCAUUCCAUUAUAAAUCCAACAUAGAUAGCUUCCUUUAUUCAAGUGGCAACGAACAACUAGGAUUUUCUUCUAUAAAUCGAACAGAGGAUUACAUCAAUUGGCUGUAUAAAACAUUUAUACCUACUUUUUACCCAUUAACUAACUAUGCCGGUGACGAAUUAGGAGUGAUAGACCAACAACGGUUCAAGGACAGGGCAAGUAUCCGUAUUGGACCAGCUCAACUUCGUCAAUUAAGGACAGAGAGAGCCUCGUGUCCGUUUACACGAAUAACAUGGCCAUAUCCCUGCAUUCAUGAAUAUUCUGAUAAAUAUGCAGAUACUGCUGAGUACUGCUUUGAAUGGAAACCGUAUGACUCAAAAUGUGGAAAAGAGACAAACAGAAUUGGAACAUAUUAUACAGCAGGUGCUUGGAAAUACACUGAUGCUGAAAAUAUAUGGGGAAUAGCAAAAUCUGGAGAAUAUGGAACAUACGAUGGAGGAGGAUACAUCAUGCGCUUUACAAAAAAUUAUGAUCGUGCUAAAGAUUUAGUUAAGGAAAUAGUUGAAAAGAACUGGAUCGAUCGUAAUACUCGCGCUGUUUUCUUGGAAUUCACCUUAUAUAAUCCAAAUAGAAACCUCUUUAUUCACGCUAUAUAUUUAGCAGAAUUUAUAGAGAUUGGUGGAAUUAUGAAAUGGACUGAGACACAAGCAUUCCGUCCUAUAGUAUCUGCGGAUAUGGUUGGAAGUUUUACCAUCUUAUGCUACUUGAUUUUUCUUUCAUACCUUGUGAUAACAACCAUAAACGUCUUCUUCAAAGUAAAGGGACAUGGUUUCUUAAGUUUCAUCAAGCAGCCAUGGAACUUGGUAAUAAUACUUAAUAUUUUUCUCAGUUAUGCUUGUGUCGCAGUGUAUAUUGUAAGAGUGACAUUUGCCAAGCAGACUAUGAAGGAAUUUUACGACAACAAAUUAAGCUUAAAGAUAAAUGAUGAAUUUAUCAAUUUUAAUCAUAUCGUAAUUUGGGACAAUGUUUUUAAUGCAUUCUUUGCGAUCAUUGUUUUUUUGUCAACCAUCCAACUCCUGAAGAUUUUAGGAUACAAUAAGAGAUUCACACAGAUAAUAUCGGUUGUUGUCAAUGCCAAGGGAAACAUAGGAGGAUUUGGUUUUCUUUUUAUCCUCAUUUACAUUAUUUUUGCCACGUUAGGAACAUUGCUGUUUGGAGUGAAACUCAAAGAGUAUAAAGACUUUUUUAGUACUUGUGGUACUCUUGCGAACAGUUUCAUCGGGAAGAAUAAUGUAAAAUCAAUGGUUACUGCCGUCCCGACCUUUGCCGAACUCUUUUACUUUUCAUACAUGUUUUGUGUUAUUAUGACAUUGAUAACAAUUUUUGCUGCCAUUUUAAAUAAAAGCAUUAAUGAGGUCAAACAAACACUUAACAUGGAGUACGAAAAACUCGGAAUCAAACAUUUCAUCGGCAAAGUUAUCAAGGACUUAUUUGGAAUUAUCUUCAGAGAAAAAAAGGAGGACAGACAUGUCUCAGAACAAGCAAAUGUUCAUCAGACCCUGUUGCAAGAUGGUGCUGAAGCUUAUGGUUUCUUACAGUUAAUAAGCAGUUCUUUACACAGUUUGAUGAAGAAUGGGUCCAAUGAAGCCAAAUAUCAGACGAAUGCAGUGGAUUGUGAUGUUAACGAUGUUCAACAAAAGUCGAAGAAAAGAGAAUCAGAACGCAAGAAAACAUUGGAACAAAGUGUCUUUGCUCGCCCCAGAGAUGGUGAUUUCGACGCAAUGAGCUUUAAAUUCAUAUAGUGUUGAAUUUUGGUAUCUUUUUCGUUAAAUCUAAAUUGUUUUCUUACAGUCAGAUGCACAUGUUUUCUCAUUAAUAGACAUUUUUUUUAAUUCUAAAUCAACUAUAUUUUAUCUAUUUAUGAAAAAAUUGGGAAUAUAUGUUUUAUUCAGUGGCAUUUGAUAAAUGAGGAUUUAUGGUUUUAUAAAAUCACCUGGAUUUACGGAAAAUCUAUAAAGGAUGUGAUGAAUACAAAAGAAAAUGCUUUAUUUCUAAGAAUAAUAGAAUUUAAACUCAAAGCAUAUACUGUAGUACUAGUAUUCUUCGGUUAUGAUUAUAAGAAUAUGAACUUUAAUACUAUUUAUUGCCAUUGCAUGUUAUUCAGCAGAAAUUAGAAAGUUACAGAUAUUGAAAGUAUGUUAUUACUGAUGUGAUAAUAGAAAGUGUAUGAUUCAGAAAAAAACCCCAAAACUCUAUCAUUCUCUAUAGCCCAAUUAUUGGAACAGAUUUUUUUCAAUAAAGAAUGGAGGUACUCUUAAUAAUUUUAUACAAUGCCAGAUCUUUGUAAUAUUGACGCAUGGAUGAAAUUCAAGUUUAAACAUGUGCUUUAAAUAUCAUGUAACUUGCUGAAAACCACUCAUAUCUGAAGCUUAUGUUUACUUAAUCAUGUAAUGAAGAGUAUUGUAGCUUGAGUAAAUAGAUCAAUUUUUCGUCGUCUCGAAUUUUCUCUGAAAUUCAAUUAAGAUUAUCUAGGCCAAACUAAAAUGAUUAUGAACACAUUCAGCACUAAGAUUGCCUCCAUAUCACCAUAAACAGGCUGUUGAAAUAGUGUCACCCUUUAGAAAUACUUUACACAUCCGUGUAUGUAUUUGAAUUCUAAUCUCUCCUGAAUCAUUUUGUUUUACUUUCACAUUUAUAA